UUGUGCCCGAUGGAGAAUGUAUGGAUCCAUGUCCACAGACUAUUAGAUAACGUACAGUGCGGGACGAUUGGACGGCCCCCUUUGCGCCGCUAUUCUUUGCUUUCGCUCCGGUCGUUCUUAACUUAGAAUCGCCUGCUUUUUCGAUCUGCCCGUCGCUGCAAGUAUAGAUACUGCUGUGAUCCUUUGUUUCGGGUGUGCAAUCAUUUUCGUCUCAGACUGUUUGUUGGCGGUAGAUUCCUUCCUGCUGAGGUGAGGUAGUCGAUCAAUCGGUGUUGGCUGAUCGGAUAGGGUCUGGAUAUCACAGUAGCUGCAGUCGUAAAGAUUGUAAGAGGAAUUGUGACCGAGUGGGGCUUGUGAUUCCAUGGAUAGUGACUGCCUGCGUGGGAACGGAGGGGGCCAGUCUGGGUUGGUGACAGAUUCUCAGGUUGGAAGUGUGGGGUCACUUACCAUGAGGCGGCGAAUGAAGGUAUGAGAGGAGCUCUUAGAGCGGGAGUAUCGUGAAUGGAUGGGAGUGGAAGAUUGUUGGGCCCACGGGUUUUGAGUGAUCGAGUAGCUAUUGAGUGAAGCAGUGGGCGACACGAGGUUCGCAACGAUUUUGUUACAGCAUACUGGCGAGGGCUUUAGGAAAUCUGCGUUGAUUACGAGGCUACAUCGGUAGAACCAAGAUAGAUUGUGAGAUCAACGUGAACUGAGUGAAGAAAUCGUUUUACAUCGAGAAUGGUGGGCGUACAAGGUGCUGGGAGCCCAAGAGCUAGAGGGCCUUGCGGUUCAGACUCACCUGCUGAAACGGAGGAUCCCAGCUACUGUAAUCUUUCACUUGCUGUGGACUGCACCCUUUCGCUAGGGUCGAUCGCAUCGCGGACAGACAUCCCUUCCCUGCUCUCGCGCGCCGGAUCGCCUGAACAGGACCUCGCUUGGUCGCUGUCAGUGCGAUCGGAGGUGGUGGAACGCGACCGAAGUGAUCAGGACAUGUCGUGGGGUGGUAGUAGUAAUCACAGUGAUCAUGAUGUCUCCCCCGAGUACUAUCCUCAGGUUUCUGAAAGGGGAGGGCGCCUUACUAGUGGAGGUAGAAAGAGUUUUAAGGCAUGGCCACGGUCGUCUGCGAUAUCAUACAAGAAUGACGUUAAUACCUCUAAAGCAUUGUAUAGCAUGGUAGAGGAUCAGACGUGUGGUAAUCGUUCCAUACGACAACCAUGGCUGCCCGACUAUUUAGCUUCGAGUGCCGCGGUGGAGGCUAAACCUGCUUCCAGACUCGAGCAAGAUGGCGAUGGCUGUGCACGUGUGUGUGCCCAUUGUGGUACGUCGAAGACGCCUCUCUGGAGGAAUGGACCUGGUGGACCAAAGUCUCUUUGUAAUGCCUGCGGGAUUCGCUUCAAGAAAGCUGGGCGAAGGUCAGCUGCCAAUGGUUCAUCCGAAUCGCAGACUCCUCACCCUGGCGUUACUAAGGUUGCGAAGCGGAAAUCUGCGAACGAUGAUCAGCAUUACUGGGUGUUUCCUCCUGAAGCAAAAUCAAGGAAGAGAAGCAGGGGUUCUCUACUUCGGACGUCAGAGAGUCUUUUAUCCGAAAGUUGUAUGACAUGGCAAUCUCCCUUGUUUGCAUCCUCGCCCAAGAGUACAUUGCACCGAGAUUUCCGAGCCUCACCAGUCGUCCGCAUCCAAGAUAAGGAGUUGAAUAUGCAUGUGGGUUCAUUCUCUUCAGACGAAGAAGAAGGAGCUGUGCUGUUGAUGGCACUCUCAUGCGGCAUGGUGAACGCCUGACCUUGUUAGGUCGUACUAUUCUGGGUCAUGUUUGAAAUGCACCAAAUUUGGUCGCAUAAGGCUUUGUAAAUACAUUCAAGAGAACUUAUUUCCAUAGUUGAUCGAGUUUAGUUGAAGAAAUCGGCGACUCUCUUAAAUGCUUGGCAGCCACUUAGCUAUACUCGUAGUUUGUUCUUGGAGUAGCCAUGGCUUUUUCUGCAGUGGAGUAGACACUACAUACCUUUUGUGGCUGAUCCUCAGAAGUGCACUGAUGAUAAAUUUUGCCUGUUUCCGAUUGUAAUGUAGGUAGUGGUAUCUAUUUGGUUUUGGUAGCAAAGAUUAGUCCAGCAAUGUUUAGCUGAGAUUUCCACCAGCUUCCUCUUUUCAUCUUUUCGAUGAAGGAAGUUGAUGUUGAGGUAGGAAAAUUUUCAAAUGAAAGAAAUUCAGUCCUCUUUUGCACAUUCCUCUAAUUGA